AUAUUUACUGAUGAGUAUGUAUGUUAAGGAUAAAUUAACAUGGAAACUCUUGACCCUAUUCACGUGAUAAUAAGGUUACACGUGCUUCGUUUACAUCAUAUUUGAACACGCUUCUAAGUAUGGUAAUUUGUCUUAGUAAACGUUUUUCUGGUUUUAAAUGACUUUUCUUUGGAAUAUAAUGAAACACGUGCUGUAAAAUUUUAAUGCCGUACGAGUGGAAAAUAUAACAGGAAAAUAAUAAUGAUACUAUGCUGGUUAGGUGUAUAUCUUGUAUGCAGCUUGGUAUCAAUAGUGUUGCGUUAUCCUACGGACAAAAGGCCCCAAGUCAAUCUUUUAUAACAAUAUUUAACCCCCUUAAAAUCUUCUCAAAGAUAAGUGUGUAAAUUAAACACUGUUCGGAGUUCCCAGAUUCAAAUUUCCCGGGCGUCCGCGAAGCUAUAAGGUACCGCUGCUUAUCGGAGCUUCAGUUCGUACCCGUAGGAGUUAAAAAGUCAAAGGAACCGAUGGUCUAUCCUUUGUAAGAUAUCCUGAAAUCGACCUAUCGUGUUGGUUACUUUGACUUUUUACUCUUAAGGUAUGGUCUACGGUUCCAAUAAGGUCCCAACUGCCUCGUUAGGAGCUGCAUUUGUAGCAAAUUGCAUACAUACUCUACAAAUUAUCUAAAGUUAACUUCUACUGAAGGGUGUCUUGACUGGUAAAGCUGCUUUAGCAUGCAAUGCACCCAAAAUAUCCAAUAUCUGCAGUCAUGUUUUACCAGAAGCGAUUGUUUUGGCGAUUCGAGCCAUGAAUACUAAUGCUACAAAACCGCUGAAACGAUUACUGAUAUUUGCUAAUUAAUUGGAGUUGUAUCCUCAGUUAUUGUUCAAUGAUUCUGAGAAGAUACCUGGGAAUAAUUUUGAUUAUUCCCGUUUGUUUAUUUAUGCCAAAUUUGUUUCGAUUUGCAAGACAUUUCAGCACAAUGGCAAGUAAUGCAUCCUCUUACGUACCAGGUACACAUUCGAUUGCUUAUGUUACCGUGCCUAAUGAUGAAGUUGCCAAAAAACUUGCCGAUGGUUUAGUUUCAAAGAAACUUGCUGCUUGUGUGAAUGUCAUACCAAAUAUAUAUUCUGUGUACGAAUGGAAGAAUGAAAUUCAGAAAGAUCCCGAACUUUUAUUGAUGAUAAAGACAAGAUCUUCCAGAUUAGAAGAAUUAACCACGUAUGUCAGAGAAAAUCAUCCUUAUGAAGUGUGCGAGGUUAUUUCUGUACCGAUUCAGCAAGGAAAUCUGCCUUAUUUGCAGUGGAUAGGAGAUAUUGUUCCCGAGAAAUCGAGUUAAGUUUAAUUUCUUCUGAAAUAUUUAUCACAAGAUAUUAAUGCCCCCACACACAGAAUUUUUUUUCUUUUUUGGGAGGGUCAAAUCUGAAACGAUUCCAACACUUUCCCUUAUGUGUACAUAAAAGAAUAAACAUUGUUUAUCUGGGAUACCAAAUGGCAUAUGUUGGUAAUAUUCUAAACU